GACAGGUGUUGCUGGUGUUUGCGCAUCGUUCGUGAGAUCGUUCCAGCAGGAUGGGAGACGAGCUGACACCUCCACGGGUUCCCUCCGCAGUUUCCCAUGCGUUCUGCAGUUUAGCUCUUCCGAACGGGGAAUUUGAUUAAAUACGCUGGAGACCAACCGAGAGCCGCCAUGGUGCACCACUCGGGCUCAAUCCAGUCCUUCAAACAGCAGAAAGGCAUGCACACCAGCAUCAGCGAGAUCCUGAAGGAGAAGAGCCUGAAGCCGUCUCGCCGCAGCCUGCCCUGCCUGGCUCAGAGUCAGACACAUCCCAUCAACCUCAACCACUUCCUGUCUGUGCCUCUGAGCCCAGAUCCCAAACCAGACCUCGAUGAUCUGAGUCAGAGCAUCAGCACGUCCUGCAGCCUUCUGCCACCACAGACAGCAGAGGAUGUCAAAGACAGCUACAUUGAGGAGACCGAAGUGAGCACAUGUGAAACAAGAGCAAAUCCGACAAUUCUUCUGCAAAAACCUGUCAGCCGGGCUAAAUUAGGGACCCGCGCAGACUCUCUUCAGGGAAAAAAACAGUCAGACACAUCUGGACUGCUUUUUCGAGAUGGAAAAAAGAGAAUCGAUUACAUCUUGGUUUACAAGAAGUCCAGCCCGCAGGUGGAGAAAAGAUGCACGUUUGAGAAGAAUUUACGAGCCGAGGGCCUCAUGCUAGAGAAAGAGCCCUCUUUGACGAACAACGACAUCAUGUUUGUGAAGGUCCACGCUACCUGGGAUACCCUCUGCAAAUAUGCAGAGCAGAUGAACAUCCGCAUGCCUUUCAGGAAAAAAUGCUACUUCACUGACUGGAGGAGCAAAACCCUUGGCAGCAGGUUUCAUCUGAGGUGUCAGCAGAUAAAAAGCUGGCUUCCCAAAAAUCCCAUGAAGCUGGACAAAGAGGCGCUGCCCGACCUGGAGGAGACGGACUGCUACACGGCGCCCUUCAGCAGAGCGCGCAUGCAUCAUUUCACUAUCAACAACAGAGAGACGUUCUUCUCAAAUUCCACCAGGAGCAGAAUAGUCCAUCACGUCCUGCAGCGCACCAAGUAUGAAGAAGGAAAAGCAAAGAUGGGCAUCAACCGCUUACUGGGCAACAACACAUACGAGGCGGCGUUUCCUCCACAUGAGGGUGGCUACAAGAGCAGACAUCCAAUUAAAACGCACGGAGCCCAGAACCAAAGGCAUCUUCUGUACGAGCGCUGGGCCCGCUGGGGGAUCUGGUACAAAUACCAGCCUCUGGACCUCAUCAGGCGGUAUUUUGGGGAGAAGAUUGGCCUGUACUUUGCGUGGUUGGGCUGGUAUACAGGCAUGUUAAUCCCUGCAGCCCUCGUUGGUGUUUUUGUCUUCCUGUAUGGACUCUUUACUAUGGACUCAAGUCAAGUGAGUAAGGAGAUUUGUGAAGCCAACACAACCAUCAUGUGUCCUAUGUGUGAGGAAAGCUGCAAGCCAUGGACGCUAAGUGACAGCUGCGUCUUUGCAAAGGUAACUCGUCUGUUUGACAACGGCGGCACUGUGUUCUUUGCUAUCUUCAUGGCUAUUUGGGCAACCGUAUUCCUGGAGUUUUGGAAAAGAAGGAGAGCAGAACUGACGUACGACUGGGAUCUCAUCGACUGGGAGGAGGAGGAGGAGGAACUGAGGCCUCAGUUUGAAGCCAAGUACUCCAGAGUGGAGAGAGUUAACCCCAUUUCUGGAAAGCCUGAGCCCUUCCAGCCCUUCUCAGACAAACUCAGCCGCCUGAUGGUGUCUGUGUCUGGAAUAUUCUUCAUGAUUUCCCUCGUUCUGACGGCCGUGUUUGCUGUCGUGGUUUUCCGUCUCAUUGCGAUGGAGAAGUUUGCCUCCUUCAACUGGGACUUUGUCCAGAAAAACUGGCAGUUCGCCACGUCUGGCACUGGCGUCUGCAUCAACUUUAUGAUGAUCAUGUCACUCAAUGUGGUUUAUGAAAAGGUGGCCUACCUGUUGACUAACUUAGAGCACCCACGCACCGAGUCUGAGUGGGAGAACAGCUUUGCUCUGAAGAUGUUUCUCUUCCAGUUUGUGAAUUUGAACAGCUCCACGUUUUACAUCGCUUUCUUUCUCGGAAGGUUUGCUGGCAGGCCUGGAAGCUACAAUAAGCUCUUUAAUCGAUGGAGGCUGGAAGAGUGUCACCCCAGCGGCUGUUUGAUUGAUCUGUGUCUGCAAAUGGGAGUCAUCAUGUUCUUCAAACAAAUCUGGAACAACUUCAUGGAGCUUGGAUAUCCCUUGCUGCAGAACUGGUGGUCUCGCAGGAAGAUGAAGAAAGGAGGUGGUGGUGGAGGCCAGAAUGUGGAGAACAAAACCCAGCUGCCUCAGUGGGACAAGGACUGGAACCUGCAGCCAAUGAACGCACACGGACUGGUGGAUGAAUACCUGGAAAUGGUUCUCCAGUUUGGCUUCACCACCAUUUUCGUAGCAGCUUUCCCUCUGGCUCCUCUCCUGGCUCUGCUUAACAACAUCAUCGAAAUUCGUUUGGAUGCCUACAAGUUCGUCACUCAGUGGAGGAGGCCCAUGCCAGCGCGGGCAACAGAUAUAGGUAUCUGGCAUGGGAUUCUGGAAGGUAUCGGAGUUCUGGCAGUCAUCACCAAUGCCUUCGUCAUCGCUAUAACCUCGGACUACAUUCCCCGCUUUGUUUACGCCUUCAAAUACGGCCCCUGUGUGGAUAAGGGGCCCCAUCAUACAGAUGAGUGCCUGCGAGGUUAUAUGAACAGCAGCUUGUCUGUGUUUGACAUGUGGGAGCUGAAGAACAGCAGUGAGUUCAGAUACUGCAGGUACAGAGACUACAGAGCGCCGCCCUGGAGCACAGCGCCCUACGAGUUCACCCUGCAGUUCUGGCAUGUGUUGGCUGCCAGGCUGGCAUUCAUCAUCGUCUUUGAGCACCUGGUGUUCGGCAUCAAGUCCUUCAUUGCGUACCUCAUUCCGGACAUGCCGAAGGAUCUGUGCGACCGCAUGAGGAGGGAGAAGUACCUGAUGCAGGAGAUGAUGUACGAGGCGGAACUGGAGCAUCUGCAGAAAGAGCGAAAGAAAAACGGGAGGCGUUAUCACCAUGAGUGGCCUUAGCCUCAGCUCCCCCUGACGUGUCCACAGCUCAUCACUCAGCCCUUAGCUCACCAACACAGCCCACCCCCCUCUGCUUAUUUAUGUAUGUUAGCUUUGAGAGUCUAGCUUUGCGCUGCUGGUAGAGUCUACACCAAAGACAUCCUGUUGAGAUCUUCUCCCUGAACUCCUCGUUGUGUUUUCUGCCCCCUCCAUCCAGCAGGUUGCCCUUGGAUCUGUGCCCUGUCAUGGCUUCAGUGGGAAAACCUGUGCAAUUGUAAUGUUUACUAUGCAGAUCAAGGGCUGCAGUCGACCCUUGCUCACUCUCAGCCCCGAGCCCUGCAGCCUCUCUCUGUGUGGCAGCUAGCACUUUGCUUUGACUCUGCAUGGCAGCGCGUUUCCUUCUCUAUAUCGUCGCCUUCAGCAGAGAUACGUGUGCGUGGCACUAAACGUUUCCUUGUUGCCAAGUGAUUCUGGUGAUUGUGGCUACCAAAUAAAACAGACACUGCUCUUACAAAGUAACUGUAUAUCGCUGUUAAAGCAUGUUCACUGACAUUUUGCAGAUAUUUCAUGAACUGAAAAAAGAAAAAAACAGAAUUCAGAUCACUUGUUGUGAAGGGUGUUGACAUCCGUUCUGUGCAUUUGAUGAAGAAACCAAUAAAGUGCAUGGUAACACUGUUUUGUACCUUUUGAUAGACAAACUCCUUGUCCUGAUGCCUGGUGGUUCAUGUGAGUGCGAGUUGUGAGGUUGUCUCUGUGUUUCUGUUGAUCUUGACUGUCUUGAGUUGAGGAAAUGCAAACUUGGUGAAGUUUGAUUGUGCCUGCAGUGUAACAGCAUCAUCGCUCUCCACAGCUUGGUCAGCGCAUGCCUUUUUUUUUUUCUUUUUUUUUAAUAAGAGAUGUUUGGUAUGGAUGUCGGCUACACCUCAGUACCUUCUCGGGUCUCGGCGUCGGGGCGACGGUGUAUAUAUGUCGUAACUGGACUCCCGUCGUGAAUAAUGCAUGUGUUUGCUUUCCAGGAUCCGUUCGUCUUCCCGCAGUCUGUUUUUCAUUUGCCACUGGAAGUCAUGAAAUGUGGUUGAAACUCGGAUAUCUUGGAAAUACCUGUGGCUUGGAUGUUCGGUUUGCAGACAACGUCUGUAUGCUGUUCCUCUCUCGCAGAGCACGAAAAGCACACUUCUGUUCCAGUGUUUCAGAAAGCUUCACAGACAAACCGGGGAAGUUAAAUUUCUUUAGACGUGGCCUUUAGAUGUGUUCAGUUAAGAUGCCGUGGAUUUUAACUGCAUGUUUCUUUCUAAUGAACUUGAGAAGUAAAACAUUUCUGCGUUUUUUCUGCUAGAUUUGGUCUGGAUCUGGAUCAUUCCUCAGUCAAACACCCCAAAAUUAUAAGUUUAUAAGGCCUUGAAAGCUGUUUACACCUCAUAAAUCUUUAAGCAUAUUGUACUGGGAUUUACAUGAUAGACCAACACAACGUAAUAAUUGUGACGUGGAAGAAAAUUUUUGUUCCUUUUUUUUCAAUAUCUGAAAAGUAUGGAAUGCAUUUGUAUUUUGUAUCUUAGAAUAUAAUUCUAAUUUAAAAAGAAAGUCUUGAAAAGUCGUGUCUGUUUUCUGCCACAGUAAACACAGUAAAAGGGACACAGUAAGCAUUUGGGGGAGCGUGCUCUGAUCUCAUGAGAUCACAGUUGAACUUUCCAUGUUCAAAGUCGGAAGAGGUGUACCACAAAAGACUUGUAGGUGCAUUUGGAUUCUACAAAGUGUUGACUUGGGGACAGCUGAUAUAAAUGCAUGCCGCUCUUUUUAGAUUUUUUCUUUGUAAAAACAAAUGUUGGAAAAAGUUUAGUGCUUUUCUUUCACUUUGCUAUUGUGUGAUUUUUAUUUUUGUGUGUGCGUGUGUGUGUGUUGGUCUAACAAAUAAUUUCCAUAUAAAUUACACUUAGGUUGUGGUUGUAAUAAGAGGAAAAAUGACAAAGUUUAAAUAGAUUGACUACUUUAGCAAAGCGGUGUAUUAAUGUGAGUGGGGGAGUGGCUCAUACUUUUCUUAUUCAGUUAUAAAUCAUAAGAAGUUAUUUAUCAUGUGAAGAGAUUACCCAGUAUGCAUUGCAUGACAUUUUAUAAGACUCAAUUGAAUUUUGAUGUACAUCAAUUUAUGCAUUUUGUGCUUUUAUACCUUUUCUUUUGCACUAUCAACCCAAGUUUCCAUUUUCUCACACUCUGACAGACAAUGUAACGUCCACAUUUCUCAGGUGUCCGCUGAAUGUUUGCAGAUGAUCUGAUUUCUAUCCUAUUUUAUAAGAUGCAAGCUUUCUUUUCUUGUUUUUUUUUUUUUUUUUUUUUAGAAAUAUGUUGUUGCGCUUCAGUGCUCUUUGCAUGACUUAUAUGCACACUCGGUAGAAAGCUGGUUUUAUUUUUUAUUUUAACUCCUUUUUUCACUGCUGCCCUUAGCUUUGUGAAGUAGAUCAGAAAUGUCCUCUUUCUGUGGAAACCCUGCUGUACGAAGCAGGCCGUUAGUCAAAAACUAAUGACGCUUUCAGGUCAUGCUUAAUCCAAUAUUUCACUGUCUUACUGACAUCAACUAGUUUUUGAAGACUCUCUUCCCUGCGAUGUGAACAAUAAAGAUCUAUGCAUGUCGUUAUCCUCGAGUGCUACUUUCCUUUUCAGCAGAAGCAGAUGUAGAUGCACUGGUACGUUCGUACUGUAGAGUAUGCAUGUCUUUAACGGCUGCUUUUAGCAGAGCCAGCGUCUGUAGAGUUGUUACACAUAUCACCUCUAUUUUUUCAGUGUUGUUCAUUUUUGGAGUCACGUCAAGAUUUUAUAUUGAAGGAGUAUUUUCUAAGUCACAGCUUUGGACUCUGCACUGUUUAACACCAUCUGUCCGGGAAUUUCAAGGAGAUUUAGAUGUAAAUCCUCAGAGUUCCUCUGCUUGGACCCUCGUUUGGGAAUCACAAAGAUGAACGGCUCGAGAAUUUAACCUAAAGGCAAACGAGGGGGGUGUUAGGAAUGACCUUGGAUGACCCUGUUAGUAAUCAUUUCUAAAUGGCUCUUCAUCAGUUCACCUUCUCACAAGUAUAAAUGCUGCACAGUGGUGGAAAGGUGCUUCUCCAGCCUUCUACCUUUGGCAAUAGCACAACAUUAGUGUUGUAUGAUAAGUAAUAAUGGCGUGACGUUGCACAUGUCUGAAAACAUAGCAGUCCGGAGGGGGAUUAGGCUUCUUGUGGUACGCUCUGCCUCCUGAUAGGAUCAUGCUUGAGCAACGAUGUAGUUGAUGUGGAAGCACAGUAAUGUCGGCUCAUACAUUUAACUCUAGUAGGAUGAUAUGACUGUAUCGAUAGCAUUGUUUACUUCAUUCCUGUUUACAUGUACAAACAUUGAAAUGUAUAAAAAACAGUGUAAAAUACUUUGGAUAUCACUCUUUUCUGUAAUAAAUCAUGUAUUGUAACUUUUAAAUUAAA